AUGACGCCGCCGCACAGCUUCGCCAUCCGCGACCUCCUCCCGGAGGCCUCCUCCCGCUCCCCGUCCCCCUCGGACGCGGAGCUCGACGUCACGGGCACUGAGAGCCCGCCGCCGGGCUCCUCCAAGCCGGCAGAAGAGCGCGCCAAGAGCGAGAAGCCCGCCUACAGCUACAACGCCCUCAUCAUGAUGGCCAUCCGUAGCAGCCCCGAGAAGAGGCUCACGCUCAACGGCAUCUACGAGUACAUCAUGAAGAACUUCCCCUACUACAAGGAGAACAAGCAGGGCUGGCAGAACUCGAUACGGCACAACCUCAGCCUGAACAAGUGCUUCGUGAAAGUGCCGCGCCACUACGACGACCCCGGCAAGGGCAACUACUGGAUGUUGGACCCGUCCUCGGAUGACGUGUUCAUCGGCGGCACCACCGGAAAGCUGAGGAGGCGCUCCACGGCCGCAUCCAGGUCCCGGCUGGCGGCCUUCAAGCGGGGCGCGAUACUGCAUCCCAUGUUCGGCAACCCUUACGCGUCGUUGGUGGGGCUGUACCCGCCGCUGUUGUCGGUGUACGGCCGGUACGCGCUGCCCAGCCCGCUGCUGAGGCUGCCACCGCCUCCGCCGAGCCCUUACCACCAGCUGUACCGGCGGAUCCACGGCCUGGCGCCCCCGAUCAGCCCUCCGACCCAUCCGGACCAGGAGACGCAUCUACUGAAGCACAGU